AUGGGCGCUGACACGCUCGGCACAGGCGUGCCCGAGUACGUGGCCCCGGCCCGGCCCGUUGGCGGCGGAGGCGAGGUGGCGGCCAAGCCCUGUGGCUGGAAUGACGCCUUUCAUGCGGCCUUCCACGGUGACCAUUCUGCGCUGCGGGCGCUCGGGGCUGAGGCGCUGGAGGCGGACACAACUGGCCUGCGCCCGAUCCACCUCGCAGCAAUGCGGGGCAAGUGCGACUGUGCCGAGGCUGUAGACUGCCACGGCCGCACGCCCCUCAUGUUCGCCGCGAGUGGCGGCGAUGCGGACAUGAUCCACUUGCUCCUGGGCAAGGGCGCCGCAAUCGACGCGCAGUCCAAGGACGGCAAGACGGCGUUACACUGGGCGGUUGUUGCGCACAAGCUGGCUGCAGUGGACGCCCUCGUCGCCUGCGGAGCCGCUCUAGACGUUCGCCAGGACCCGCCGGAUGAGCCUCUCAGGCCGGGCAAGGACGAGCUCGGCGCGACGGCACAAGAGUUGGCUACAAGGCCCAACGAGCGCGACCCGCUGAGGCGUCACGUGGCCACAUUUCUCGGCGCAGCCGCGGAGGCACACGCGGCCGGCAACCCACCGCCAUCGAUGCCGGAGCCUGCCUGGCUCGCACACGCUGCGGCGGUCGUCGCCAACGACGGAGGGGACACGAGCACGGGCGAGGAGGAAGGCGCCGCCUCCUGUAAACAAGACGAGGGGCGCGUGGCAAGCUCGGCAUCCGCCCCGGCGAAAGCCACGGACGAGCAAGAGUGCGCCCCGCAACCUGCGGAGGCGCCGUCCGCCAUGUCGGCGCUGUCGGACGACGAGCUCAAGGAGAUGUUGCUGCAGGCAAAGGAGAGCGAGGGCACGGCGGGAGGCCUAGACGAGCUAGAUUAG